GUUGGGUGUCCAAGGCAUUGAGAUUGAGCCGCCACUGUGGACGCGGUGAAGACAGCACAAACUACAGUCAGGGCUCCUCCGCCCCGUCUGUGAUUCGGAAGGCUGCGUGGGGAUCGCUUAAGGAAAACCCAGCGCCGCAGCUCCCACCUUAGCAAUUCGGUCACUCCUCUAGAUCCACGCUGGGAAAACAAACAAACAAGACACGGAGAGAGAGAAAGAAACACUCCAAGUGCAGCGAUUCUGCACAUCGCCGGCUGCUUUGGAGUAACAAAAGGACCUGAGUUGCCUGCCAACUGAGUACUCCAGGUUCAGAACAGACUAGGUGCCCGGCAGUGCUCUUUUGGGGGCUCUGAACUACUUCUCCACGUAAUCCUUUUCCCGUCCCUCCCCUCUCAUCCUCCUUUUAAAUCCCUGACACCGAGGCGCCUGCAGCCGCACUCGCCAGCGACUCGUCUCGCUAGUGGGUUGUUGGGGUUUUUUUUUGUUUGUUUGUCGUGUGUGAUCCCCACACUCAUGAACAUACACAGGUCUACCCCCAUCACAAUAGCAAGAUAUGGGAGAUCGCGGAACAAAACCCAGGAUUUCGAGGAGUUGUCGUCUAUAAGGUCCGCCGAGCCCAGUCAGAGUUUCAGCCCGAACCUCGGCUCCCCGAGCCCGCCUGAGACUCCCAACUUGUCGCAUUGCGUUUCUUGCAUCGGGAAAUACUUAUUGUUGGAACCUCUGGAGGGAGACCACGUUUUUCGUGCGGUGCAUCUGCACAGUGGAGAGAAGCUGGUGUGCAAGGUGUUUGAUAUCAGCUGCUACCAGGAGUCUCUGGCCCCAUUUUGCCUGUCAGCCCACAGCAACAUCAACCAAAUCACAGAAAUUAUCCUGGGGGAGACAAAGGCUUAUGUAUUCUUUGAGCGAAGCUAUGGGGAUAUGCAUUCCUUCGUCCGCACGUGCAAGAAGCUGAGGGAGGAGGAGGCGGCCAGACUGUUCUAUCAGAUCGCCUCAGCGGUGGCCCAUUGCCAUGAUGGUGGCCUGGUGCUGCGGGAUCUCAAGCUGCGGAAAUUCAUCUUCAAGGACGAAGAAAGGACUCGAGUCAAGCUGGAAAGCCUGGAAGAUGCCUAUAUUUUGCGGGGAAAUGAUGACUCCCUCUCCGACAAGCAUGGCUGCCCAGCUUACGUAAGCCCAGAAAUCUUGAACACCAGUGGCAGCUACUCGGGCAAAGCAGCCGACGUGUGGAGCCUGGGAGUGAUGCUGUAUACCAUGUUGGUAGGGCGGUACCCUUUCCAUGACAUUGAGCCCAGUUCCCUCUUCAGCAAGAUCCGACGUGGCCAGUUCAACAUUCCAGAGACUCUGUCACCCAAGGCCAAGUGCUUCAUCCGAAGCAUUCUACGGCGGGAGCCCUCCGAGAGGCUGACCUCCCAGGAAAUUCUGGACCAUCCUUGGUUUUCUACAGAUUUUAGUGUCUCGAAUUCAGGCUAUGGUGCUAAGGAAGUAUCUGAUCAGCUGGUGCCGGAUGUCAACAUGGAAGAGAACUUGGACCCUUUCUUUAAUUGA